AGAAAAUGAACAGAUGUCAAAGAUGUCAGUUAACUCAUUACUGGUGAUAUAUAUACAGUGCUCCACUAGAGCUCUAGAAAGCUUAAAGGCACAAAGAACACCUCAUGAGAUAACCAAGAACGGUAUCCAGACAACACCUACUUGUUCAGUGAAGACCCCUAAAGAAAACCAGAAGGUAACACUGCAAAAUAUGCCUCUUUGACAUAAAAUUAUUUUCAGCUGAAGGCAAUUAAGAAGCUACAAAUGCAGGAAAGGCUCUCUUUAUCCUUCGCCUUUUCUGUUUACAGGCUAAGUGUAAAUUCACCUUUACUGGACACUCUAGAGUCUUCUUAACCCAGAGAGGACACCAGAGGAAUCUGCAAACAAACCUCAUUCUAUUGAGUUUCUUCCCACGUAUAAAUCUUCCCACCAUUUGCCACCCUUGGAAGCUGAAAACUCCUUUGUCCUGUCAUUUCUCUACAAAAGUACUGCUUUUUUUUUUUCGAGAUGCAAUCUCGCUCUAUCUCCCAGGCUAGAGUGCAGUGGUGCAAUCUCAGCUCACUGCAACCUCCACUUCCAGGUUUAAGUGAUUCUCCUGCCUCAGCCUCCCGAAGAGCUGGAAUUACAGGUGCCUGCCACCACGCCCGGCUGGGUUUUAUAUUUUUAGUAGAGAUGAUUUCGUCAUGCUGGCCAGGCUGGUCCCAAACUCCUUACUGCAAGUGAUCCACCCACCUCGGCCUCCCAAAGUGCUGGGAUUAAAAGCAUGAGCCAUCACGCCCAGCCAAAGAUGCUGUAGGCCCAGGUGAGCUGCUUCAGAGGACUCAUUCUUGGUGGCCAGCAGUGGCCCGCAGUUACCAGUGGCUUGUGAGCUCGGUGGACUCCUGCUAACGAAACUGGGACACCAGUCUGCUGGGCUCCCCUCCAGGCAUCCUCCCCAGCAGCUCCUGCAUCCAUGGAGGCCCCAGAGGUCCCUGUGGGCUCCCUAAUCGACUUUGGGCCUGAGGCACCCACCUCUUCUUCCCUGGAGACACCGCCCCCUGCGUUGCAGGACAAGGAUGGCUCCCUGGGGGACGGCGCGUCAGAGAGUGAGACCACUGAGUCUGCGGACAGUGAAAAUGACAUGGGCGAGUCGCCCUCACACCCGUCCUGGGACCAGGACCGCCGCUCCUCCUCCAACGAAUCCUUCUCCUCCAACCAGAGCAUGGAGUCUACCCAGGAUGAGGAGACCCUGGCACUCAGGGACUUCAUGCGUGGCUACGUGGAGAAGAUCUUCUCUGGAGGAGAGGACUUGGACCAGGAGGAGAAAGCCAAGUUUGGAGAGUACUGCAGCAGUGAAAAUGGAAAAGGCCGGGAGUGGUUUGCCCGAUACGUGAGUGCCCAGCGCUGCAACUCCAAGUGUGUCUCCGAGGCAACCUUCUACCGCCUGGUGCAGUCUUUUGCAGUGGUGCUGUUUGAGUGCCAUCAGAUGGAUGACUUUGGGCCUGCCAAGAACCUCAUGACCAUGUGCUUCACCUACUACCACAUCGGAAAACCACAGCUGCAGCCCCCAGAGUCUCGGGAGAAGCCCGCGGGCAGCAUUGACUCCUACCUGAAGUCCGCGAACAGCUGGCUGGCCGAGAAGAAGGACAUCGCCGAGCGCCUGCUGAAGAACACCUCGGCCAGGACCGAGAACGUCAAGGGCUUCUUCGGGGGGCUGGAGACCAAGCUGAAGGGGCCCCUGGUCAGGAAGAAUGAGGAAGACGAGAACAAACCCCAGGAGAAGCGGCCCAGGGCUGUGACUGUGUACAGCCCCGAGGACGAAAAGAAGGGGGAGAAGAUCUACCUGUACACGCACCUGAAGCAGCAGCCCAUCUGGCACACGCUGAGGUUCUGGAACGCAGCCUUUUUUGACGCUGUCCAUUGUGAGAGGACAAAGCGAUCUCCCACCACCAGAGGGGAUGCUGGAGAGGAGGAGGAGAAGAGGGAGAAGUGGUGCCACAUGACCCAGGAGGAGCGUGACGACAGCCUCCGGUUCAACGAGAACAUCACCUUUGGGCAGCUGGGCACGUUCACGCACAACAUGCUCGCCUUCGGCCUGAACAAGAAGCUGUGCAAUGACUUCCUGAAGAAGCAGGCUGUGAUUGGCAACCUGGACGAAGAGCAAUACAAGCUACUUAGUGACCACAUUGAGCAAAUGGCCACCGAGUAGGCUCCAGAGGUUGCACUCUGCAGGAGGACCGAGGCCACGUGCUGUUCUCCCGGGCCUGACGCCCGGCUGCCACCCCACCCGAUGACCUGCAUGAAGCCAGCAGCACCCAGAGCCGCUCCCGCUGCCCUAGAACUAGUGGUUAGAAGAAUCCACUGCUCCUCCCUCCUCUCCUCUGCCUGUAUCUGUGCCCCCCAUCCAUGUGCCAAGUGUCCCUUGGGUCACACGGCUAAAGCUGAGGUGACCAGCUGUACUCCGAGUGCCAGGCUUGUGAGAAGAGACCAAGAGGGAGGAGGGGAAGGACGCCAUGGGCCAUUGAGGGCCAAGGACUGGUGAGGGUAGGGGUGGGCAAGGGACACAGGCAGGUUAGCCGGGGCGGGGGGGGCUGCAGCCCUCCAGUGGCAGAGGACUGGCACUGCUGCUCACAGUGGGUGGCCCUGGGCCAUGUUCCUGCAACAGGGCUCCCAUCCGGCCCUCUCCAACCUUGAGGAGGAAAUGCCUGUUUCAGGGAGAGGGCAGGUGCGGUGUAGAGGACGCUCUUGACUGGCUAGAGCAAGACCUGGCACCACCAGAGGGAUGUGUGUGUGCCCUGCAGACGGCCUGGGAUCUGUGUGUCUGUCAGUCACAGCAGUGCCGAGGUGUCUGCAGUAGACCACGCAAACCAUGUGAAAUGCGCCCGCCUGGCCGACAGCUCCCUUCUGAAGCAGAGAAGGCUCUCCGGUCAUGAAGCAGCAUUGUGCCGUGUGUCCCACACAGUCAUGACCAGCGUUGUGCCAUGUGUCCCACACAAGAAGUGCAGGAAAGAAGCUUCUUUAAUAGCUGCUAGACAACGCCCCUUUCUAAAGGCAAACAGUGCUGCUCUUUAUUCCAGACAAGGCAGGAAAGUCUGAGUCGGGAGUCACAGCUGCUGGAGAGACUCGUUCUGGGCGACGACACGCAGGGCAAGCCAGUGGCACGAACUCUGCCUCCAAGUGCUGAGCAUUGUGUCCCUGCCCCCAGGGGCUCCUGAAGGCGCUUUUUCUUCCCACCAGAGCUUUGUAGCUCCUUCCUCCAGCCUCUGCAGAUACACCCUACACCUGCUGCCUGGGAGCCACGCCCCUUCUCUUCUGUGGGUCUGUACCACACACUGCAGGCCAGCCUGCGGGCCCGGGGCCUGACUCCCAGCAACUGCAGGCUGGCUCCAGAGCCUCCUGUUCCCCAUGCGUGGAUGCUGCCAGCCUGCCUGGGGUUCCCUGCCUUUUGCCCGUCACCGCUGUGGUCACUGACUGUGAAAUAGGCCCUUGGGGCUCUCCCUCCACCUGCCAUCCUCCCCUCCUGUCCUUCCUGGCUACCUCCUCUGACAUUGGGUCACAUAAGUCCCGUCUUGUCUGUCAGCACCACAGAAGCGUCUGAGAGUCACCUGGCCACUGCUUGGAAGGUUUUCCUCUGGGGAAUGCUCCCCAUAAUGUUCCAGAGACGAGCACAGAUUGGUUGCAUCACAGACGUGUGUCUGGGGCAUUACUGGAAACGUGGUGUCAUCUGAUGCAUUUGGGCCCCAUGCUGCCAGUCUCCAGAACCGGGGAGCUGGGGCUCAGGCCCUUGACUGCAUGGCAUGUGAGCGAUUUCAGCCUAGUGAUGCUGCUGGCCGGAGCGUAGCCAUGUGCUGGGCAGGGGCGGGGGCUUGUGCCGGCUGGGCUGCCCCCUCCCAUGGUUGGGCCCUGACGGCCACCUCGCCAGCAAAUCCAUUCAGAGAAACACCAGAGAGAGGGCUGUGUGGAUGCCCAUUGCUCUGAUGCCAACUGCAGAUACUACACGGCUCCCACCGCGUCCAGCCAUGGUUCCAGGGCAUGCGCCCUCCUCCCUGCCCUGGUGAAACUCAAGCCACACUCAGGGCUGACCGUCGGGCGCUCCCUUCAGCCGUCUCAUCGUUGGCGUUCUUGGUCUUUAUGAUUCACGUUAGCUGAAAUGGGCUAAGACUUGCACUGUGAGGAUAGGAUUUUUAUAUGGAAGUUUUGAUUUGUUUGGUUUCUGGGUAGACUGAUUUCGAGGCUCUCCUGGGGGUGCUGGAGCGCGUGCACAGCCUCUGCAAGGAAAGCGGCGCUGACUUCUUCGGGCUUUUUCCCAAGCACUUUAACUUUGAAAAUGAUCUCCACACUUUUUUGUCUACAUAGACCUCUUGAAAUAGCCAUUUCGGGGAGAGGAAAGGGUUCUGUUUUGUCUUUCCCCCUUACUACCUGUUCUUACAGAUCUAGCUGCUCAGAGUUGAAGGAAGGCUGACAGGGAAGGGUCCCCUCUGUACUCCCCGCAACACAGGACGCCACCCAAGAGACAGCCUCCCAUGCUGUGAGCAGAGCAAUCGGACUCGGGAGGCAGCCUCUGGUCUCCUGCUGACUGUGGCUCUGGCCGGGGUCUCCUGGAGGAGGCCCAGUGUGCCUGGGACAGGGCUGACUGCCUGCCAUCAGGUUUCCUCUCUUCCCCCAGGGCCUGAGCAGAGCAGGCAUGAGCUGGGCUCUGGUGUGGAACAGGCAGAUCCAGCCACGUGGCUCAAAGGUCCCUGCAUGGGAAGGUGGCACACCCAGGGCCACCUGGUGUAGGAGCUCUGAUGGCCCUCUGUAAACUCAGGAAGUGUCAGGUGAUUCCUUGGGAGAGGUUCCCAGUCCCAGCGGGCAGAGUGCCCAAAGCCAGGAGCACGAAGGGCUGUCGCCUACAGGGGCAUUGCAGGCACUCUGCCCCCCAACCUCGAGGGCUGUGUGAAUCCUAGUGAACCAAAAUGCACACCACUUGCUCAAAUGCAAAGCUCCCUGCUUUGAAAACAGGACGUGUUGAGAUGAGGCACUGUAUGUUUUUAGCCUUGGUUACAAUGUUAGCAACACUAACAGGUGUUUAAGAGGGACCCCGUGCAUAGAUUGCACCUGCUGCCUGCAUGUACUGUGCACACGCGCGUUCAACCAGAGGCCAGAGGACUGAAUUCUGAUGUCAUCAGGUAUCUGUAACUGAACUGGGGUCGAUGCUAUGCUUUUCCUAUUGCCGAAAGAAAAGUGGGCCAGAGAGCUCUGACAUUUCCAAAAACGGGCUAGAGGGAGGGUCUGGUUUCUGAGCCUGUACCCAAAUCAAAAUCCUAAUGUUCAGGUUAAUGCAAGGAACACAUGUGAGGUUUAGAACCAGCACUGAGGCCUAGUGUGGGAAUCACAGACACCGCUGAUCCUCCUCCUCCUCUCCUCCUGUGAGUUAAAAUCAAACGGGCCUCUCAUUCCCUCCUCCAAGCCCAGUAACGCCGUGGGGUUCAGUUAUGAGGAAAGAAGGCUAGAGCUGUGAGAUUCAUCUUUUCCUGGGCUGUUCUGCAUGGGUUACCGUAUCACUCGGGAGCACUGCUAUUCCAGACCCCUGACCUGAGGAAUGCAGCUUCACACCAUGAAGAGUCUGUGAGAGGUUUCAGUCUAACUGGGGUUCCUUAGCUGGAACCGGGGCUGUAAGCUGCAGGCCUGACCUUCCUGGCUCCCACUAUGUGUUGGCUAUUUUUUUUUUUUUUUUUGAGAUGGAGUUUCACUCCAGUGAUACAAUCUUGACUCCUCUGCCUCCCGGGUUCAAGCAGUUCUGCCACAGCCUCCCGAGUAGCUGGGAAUACAGACAUGCGCCACCACACCUGGGUAAUUUCGUAUUUUUAGUAGAGACGGGGUUUCUCCAUGUUGAUCAGGCUGGUCUCGAACUCCUGACCUCAGGUGAUCCGCCCGCCUCAGCCUCCUGAAGUGCUGGGAUUACAGAGGCCCCUGUGCCGGCCUCUGUUGGCUUUUUAAUUAGAAAGGAGGCAGGUGGGCCUGUGUGAUUAGAUCAGCUUUGUUACUGAAUCACCUAAAACCAGAUCACAGCACAACCAGGAAGCCCAGUAUGUUUCCAAGAACAGGGUGGAGCUUGAGAAAGGGGACUUUAACAAAUUAGAGAGUCCCUUGUCACAGAGGAAAGGAUGCUCACGGGGUGGCAGUGGCCCAGCCCCAGCCUCAGAGAGAGGAGAGGGAGAGCCCCUCUGGACCUGGUGGGCAGGUGUUCUGAGGCUGGUCUCCCCAGUUUCCGCAGCCACGAGGCAGAGCUGCCAGGUUCUCUCUCAAGGAUCGUUCUCACUCUUUUCCCUGUCCCGUUUCCAGUCCCGGUGAGCCAUUCACUUCUGCUGAACCAUUUUUCUUAGGACAAGGCCGUUUCACUCCCUUGUCCUAUAAAUCGUGUAUUCACGUCGAUGAUUCUUGGAGAUGUUUCGCUUCAAAAGUUCCCAGCUGUGUCCCGCAGGAAAGGGGGGUCGGAUGCCAGCUACACCCUGCUUGGCUUGCACGGGCUAAGGCUAAAGACAGAGCAGGGCCUCCUGGAGCCACACGGGCCACACACCCCAGGACCCCCCGCAGGCCAGGAGCAGGAAUGUGUUGGUGCCUGAAACACCCAAUGGAAGACCCACGUCCAGAAUGUUCUCCUGUGGCCAAUACUGGCCGCAAAGCCACCUUCCACACAGGCUCUCAGGGAGCCUGCCUUCUGCACCUCAGUCCCCCAUGCGUCCAUGGGCUUGGGUGUCACAUACUCUCCAGGAAGGGGACAGAAUCAAUCAUGUGACCAACAGGUUCACAAGAAUGGGUGCUGCCGGGGGAGCCCCGCCUCCUGGUGCUGGCAAGGGAUUGGGUUUAGCCUACAGAGUGCAAUGAGUGAGAGCCAGUGGGAGCUCAGCCUUGCCUCAGCUGCACCUGGGGACGCAUGUGACCAAAGGAUUUCAAUGGGACAGUGCUCCACGGGGACUGAGGGUGGGCACAGGGUUUCUUAGUUACUGUUGGAAAGGGAAAAACUCACCAUGUCCACUGGGAGCAAGGAAUGGGCUGGUUUUGUUCAUCCAGAGUUCCCUUCUACACCCCUCCCACAGGACAAUGUGCAAUUUGGGAAGAACCUAGCUCCCCACUUUAUCUGUGGACUCUGGGACCUGACAAAACAGUCAGAGCCUGAGCCCGCUGUAGCCUGGAGCUCCCUUGAGCUGCGCUCUAAGGGACUUUGCACUUUAACUGAAAGGAGGAUGCCCGUCGGUAAUUGACUAGAACUGUGCAUUGACUAGAACUGGGGGGCUUCACCCAGUCCGUGCUUGAUCCCAGAUGGUUUCUCCAUGAAAUAGAGGUGGGGGAGGAGGCAUGCCCACAGGGAGGUGCAGCCCUAAGGCGUGGAUUCCAGAUCUCCCAGUGAGAGACAGAGUUCAGCUCCACAUGGGUUCAGCUGCAGGGAGGAGCUCAUGCGGUCUCCGGCGAACCUGGGGCUGUCGCUUAGGCUCUUCUGGGUGGACACUCGGAGAAAGAUAAGGCAAGCAUGUCAACACUAGGAAAUGCUAGAAACUCAACAACACACAUGGAUCCCUUAAAACGUGUAAAUGCAUCACAACAAGAUUGACCUGCACCGUGGACCUGGCAGCCCCUGUCGGGACUAUCGGUGGCAUCUCCCACGUGCGCACCCUCUGCUUUCUCUUUCCUAGACUCGCCGUGGUCACAUCCAGACAUUGCCUUGUUGGUAGCCCCCAAGUGGAGUGCAGUGACACCAGUAUCUUAUCUCUUCCAUUUCUGCAGUUUUGUGCCCCACUCAGUGAUGUUCUACAAACCGUUUUGAGGUUGAGAAAGUUUCAAGGGUGAAGAUCUCAAAACAGCGCUAAAAUCAAGGGUGUUUGCUGUGAAGAAAAAAAUAUGUAUAUAUGUCACACCUUAAGUGAUCAGAAGGUGGAAACUGAAAUAAACUCUUUUAAAAACAUA